CAGGUUGGCUUCACCCCAGGACUUCAGAGGGACGGCGUAAGCGAAUACGAGGCAUACUCAGCACAGCCCGACCGGCAAGAGGUGCUCAGCCUGAUGCCAAACUUCCUUCCGACUCCACGACAAUAACACCAUCGAUUCCGCAUGUUCAGGACGAACAACAAAGGAAAAUGGCUGAAGCCGUUGGCCUUGCUCUAGCAAUCGCGCCCCUAAUCAUCUCUGCCAUUGACAAAUACGACGGCACAGCGAAAUGUAUCAAAGCGUUCAAGACACGUACCAAGUUCGUCAAGGCCAGCUUGAACGUUCUCCGACUCCUGCGAGACAUCUUUCUGAGAGCCAAUCUCAGGCUUCUCUGCUAUUGCGUAGACGAAGAUGACGCCCGCCAAAUGCUCGCAGACUCCCAACAUCCAGGCUGGAAAUCUAGGGACCUUUCCAGGGAUUACACUGAUAUGAUUGGUGAUUCUCGAGAAGGCCUAGAGGAUUUCAUGGGGCUUAUCUGUGACGAACUUGAGAGCGUCAGAAGGUCUCUCAGCAAGGUCGAGAUGGACGACACGAAUGCACCGGGAGACCUUAAGAAAAAGUUGAAGUUCGCAUUCAAACAAGAAGGCAUUGAAAAGUCAAUGGACAGACUCAGACAGCAUACGCAAGACUUCGUCUCGCUGGUCGACUUGUGCAUUCCAUGCCGCUUCAAAUCAGGCGAACGGAAGUUACCGUUCGCCGUCCGAAAAAGUCUGAGAGCGUACAGUGUGGUGAAGGAUGCGUCACUAGAUCUCCACGAAGCCUUCCAAUCUGCUUGCACGAAGCAUACCGGCCAUCAAGCGCAUCUGAAUCUCGCACCAACGUAUGCGGAGUCUGGAGUGACGCAGCUUCGGUUCGCAUUGGCGUUUAGCCAACUUUGCCUCGAUGAGAAGAGCUCAACAGGUGAUGCUACCUGGCUGACAGUGGAAACUGCUAUCACUGGAGAGCUCCAGUCCACAGACGACCCCGAACCUUCUCAGCGUGUAACGCAAGCACUGAAGCGCGCCCACGAGUGCCUAGAGACAAAGACAGAAACUAUCGACAAGAAACCGCGGGCUAAAUUGGUCAAAAAACAGGUGCGAUUCGGACACGAGCCAACCACGAAAAUUGUACUGGACACUGGAAUACGACCUCCAAGUACUCCCGUGCUUCUGAACCUUUGUUCUGGCAGCAACUUCUGUACCCAGCUACAGAGAUUCUUGCGCCAGACGCAGCCUGAUACUACCGCAAUUGGAUACCUGAAGUCUCCCCAGGGUUCCAAACACCUGAUAUAUGUUGACUCCAAAUCGACCAUUGCUGUCCGGGGUUCAAAAUCUCCGGAGCUCAGAUCAUUGUAUAAGGUCCUCGUCGACGCAGAUCAAGGAGCCGAAGGCUUGUCUUUCUCAUUGCCUCAUAAAAUCGGUCUAGGUAAGAAGUUGGCAAAGGCGCUUCUGCAAUUCCAUGCCACUCCCUGGUUAGGCGAAACAUGGAGCAGCCGAGAAGUACUGUUAGGACAGACGGCCUCUUCAGAAGACGACAUCGGAGACUCCAUGGGCGCGUAUGUUUCUGCUCAGAUUCAAGGAAGACCGGCGGAGUUGACAGAGACAACAUCUCAGCAUAUGAUCGAUUCAGGGCCUGCUCUUGUCCGGAAUCGCAUUCUUUUCGGUCUCGGCGUCAUGCUCCUGGAGAUAGCCUACCUACGACCUUUUGCCUCAAUGAUACGCUCAGUCGAUAGGCGGAAUCAGAUUGGUGGGCUGGAAGCCGACUUUCGCGCUGCUGAUCGGUUGAGCAGAAGCGUGUCCGCUCAGUUGGGCGCCGAAUAUGCCGAAAUCACCAGGAAGCUGAUUCACACUGACUUCGGUAGAGGCUUUUCGAUGGGGGAAUCGAGGCUUCAAGAGGCGUUCUAUCAGGACGUCAUCUGCGAGUUGGAGCAUUUGGAGCACCGUCUACGUGGGUGAUGUCGUAUGGC